AUGCGACUAAAUCCCAACGGCGACUCUACAGUCUUCCCAAAGCGUGCUCAACUGCCAGUCGUAGCUGGCACUCCAGAAGGCUCUGCUUGGUUCUGGGGCGGGAGUGAUGAGUUGGGAAGACUGAACUUGCUUACACCGCAGCGGAUAGCGAAAGCUACGCAAGAGAAUGUGAAGACAGGAGAUGUUGUUUCACUGAAUUUACCUUUGGAUGUACCGAGUCCACCGUUCUUUGGCAGGAAACCCUUUCAUCACGAGAUCAAAUCUAUCGGCAAGGGUGCAUUCGACGAUGAAACAUCUACCAACACCCAGUCAAACCCCAAAUCCGGCUACCACUACAACGGCAUUCUGUCAGACGAAAUCCUAAAAGACGAAGACCUCGUAGAUGAAGACCGCCCCGAGCCAUCUCUCCGUCUCGGCAUCGAUGCUUGGGCCCGCAAAGGCAUAGUCGGCCGCGGCGUCCUCCUCGACAUCUACACCUGGUCCCGCGAAAACAACAAGCCCUACGACCCCUUCACCACCCAUAACAUCGCAGCCUCCGAUCUCCUCGCCUGCGCACAGUCUCAGAACAUUACCUUUGAAACCGGCGACAUCCUACUCAUCCGCACCGGCUGGCUAGCCGCAUACCACUCCCUCACCCAAGCCGAAAAAGAAGACCGCGCGAAGCUAGACGUCAUGCAACACCUCUAUGCCGGCCUGGAAGCCAGCGAGUCGAUGAAAGAUUUCCUGCACGACAAUUACUUCGCGGCGGCGGCGACCGAUAAUGCGAAUUUCGAGGCGUGGCCGCCGCAUAGCUUAGAGGACAGCUUGCAUGCCUCUAUGCUGCCGCUGUGGGGGAUGCCGAUUGGCGAGCUAUGGGAUUUCGAGGCGCUGGGAGAGAAAUGUAGGGAGGUGGGGAGGUGGACUUUCUUGCUGACGAGUUCGCCGGGCAUGGUGCCGGGGGGUGUGGCGAGUUCGCCGAAUGCUUUGGCGAUGUUUUGA